GGGCACAGCCAAUUUUAGAAAUGGGCGGGAGCAUUUUGUCCGGGGGUUCCUAUCCUUUGGAAAGGGCGAUCCUGUCUUUGCAUAAUAAUAUUUGCGCUUUAUAAUGAUCGCGGUGGCAGGUGGACUCGAGCGCCGCCUUUAGAGCGGAAUCCCAAACGCCUCUCUCGUUCCUGGGGAGUAAAUGUCACUUAGUCCCAUCGGAGCUGCCGGGAUCCGAUGCACCGCUUACCCGGGAGUAAGCCCCGUUGGAACACAGCGGGGUUUGCGCUUGAGUAAACCUGCGCUGUGAGUCCGCUUCGACUCGCAGCUUUAUGCAAUUCGCCCACGCCCUUAGCGCUAUUGUAUUUGUUGUAUCCGGCCCUCCUUUUUGUUUGCUUUACACGUUAUGUUUUUGUAAAAAAGAAAGUCUAGUGAUUUGCUGAGUCAUACCGAGCUUGCUCUUUUCCCCAGCACUUCAGCAAGCAGCGUUUUCUGCCGGGUUUGUCCAUCUCAGAUCGGGGAGAAGGUAGGGAGCCGAUAGUGGAGAAGAAGAAAGGGAACAGCUGCGGGACCAUGAUAAAGGUCACUUUAUUUGUAGGAGGGAGGGAAUUAAGAAAGCAAAGCAAACUUCUGAUGGGCAUAUUAGCAAAGGGGAGCAAAGAAACUCUGCGAUCCUAUGCAUGUCCUCCUCAGGGGUAAGUCCCGGUGAGAUCCGUAGGGCUAGCUCUUUAGGUAAAGUGCAUAGGAUUGCCAGCUUAAAACCAUUGACUAGUUGAAAAGAAAACCCAUUUGCUAAAGGGAGCGUGUCGCCCCUUUGCCUGACUCUGAUGCCUUCCGGCUCAGAGAGAGAGAUUGUGGCUGGACGUUAUUUAAGACGCACGUCUUCUUUUGGGCAGGUGGUGUGAGGUUUCUUUUUAGGACUCGGUGCUGUUUCCCCAAGGAUGGCUGCGACGGCGAGGAAAGUUGUCAAAACCGUGCUGAGCAGGGAACAGGCGGAAGGAGUUGGCGCUCGGGUUCGCAGAAGCAUUGGGAGGCCUGAGGUAAGGCGCUGGUUGUUUCUGUUUCAUAUGAUGCCCUAAUCCAGCCUUGGCCAGCUUGGUGCUCACCAGUCAUUUCGGACUAAAACUCCCAUCAACCUAGCCAGCUCCUGGUCAUCCAAAAUUGUCAUGCCUAUGUGGUGUUAAGGGGUGGCUAAGGGUACCUGAGCUCCAGAUAUUUUGUGUCACCCCCUUCCCUCAUUGCCUAUCCCUUUCCAUUCCUCUUUUACACACACACACACACACACACACACACACACUAUAUAUAUAUAUAAACUAACCUUAGAGCAGUGGUACCCAACCUUUUUUUGGCCAUGCCCCACCUAAGCAUCUCUAAACUCCUGAUGCCCCCUCCCUGUGACAUAUAAUUCUUAUUAUUCAAAAAGUGAACUAUAAUUGUUGAGGAAGCCUAAAAGGCCAUUAACUGUUAAUAACUCAUUCUCAAAUUGCCCCCUUUAAAAAUCAAAUUGCCCUACUGUGGGUUGUGUGCCCCACAUUGGGAACCACGGCCUUAGAGGGUUCAAAUGCCCAUUUGGCCAUUAAGCUCAUUGGGUGACCUUGGGCCAGUCACAGCCUCUCAGCCUAACCUACCUCACAAGGUUGGUGUGAGGAUUGAAUGAGGAGGGGCAGAUGAACCAUGUACGCCACCUUGAGCUCCUUGUAGAAGAAAGGUGGGACACAAGUCCAAUAAAUAAUAGUAAAUUAGUAGGCACAAAUUUGUACCUUGGGUUCUUUAAGUACCUUGCUAUUGGUGUAUGUAUGUUAGGGUGUUUGAUGGGGAGUGUAACACAGGGGUGGCUAAGUCAGGGACCUGAUGAAGCCCCCCCAGCUUAUUUUUAUCCCCACCUCCCUCAAAUCCUACCAGGUUUCACAGUGGCAGCAAAAAAGUGUAUUUUUUUUAAAAAAAGGAGAUUUAAACCUCUCCACCUAGCAACCUGGUUCAUACAAAGACCACACCCUCCUUGUCAUCGUAUCAAUAAUGAGCAGAGGAUAGCCAUAGCCUCUGCCUCAGGUGAUCUGCAUGCUCAUGCAAGUGUGUGGCGCCUCAGGCCCAAAAAAGGAUUAGCCUCCCUGUGUAAAGCAGAUUCUUUUCUAUAUACUGUCAUCUCCAUGGUCCACUGAUAACCUGAAAGACAUAAGGUGUGGUGGCGCUAUGGGUUAAACCACAGAGCCUAGGGCUUGCCGAUCAGAAGGUCGGUGGUUCGAAUCCCUGUGACAGGGUGACCUCCCGUUGCUCGGUCCCUGCUCCUGCCAACCUAGCAGUUUGAAAGCACGCCAAAAGUGCAUGUAGAUAAACAGGUACUGCUCCAACAGGAAGGUAAACGGCAUUUCUGUGCGCUGCUCUGGUUUCGGUAUUCCAUUGCGCCAGAGCUGGCCACAGGACCAGGAAAAACUGUCUGCAGACAAAUGCAGGCUUCCUUGGCCUGUAAAGCGAGAUGAGCACUGCAACCCCAGAGUGGUCUGCGACUGGAUUUAACUGUCAGGGGUCCUUUACCUUUACCUUUAACAACAUGGGUACUCUCCCCUUCUGAAAAUUAUGUGGGUGGUUCCCAAAUUCUUUACCAGUUAACUCGAAUUGAGUUCUGAACAGAACAACCCCGUGAAGUAGGCUAGGCUGAGAGUGAGUGACUGGCUCCAGAUAAACUCAGUGAGCUUCCAUGGCUGUGGGAGAUUUGAACCCUGUCCUCCCAGGGCCUAGAUCAACACACUAACCACUACAACACACUUGACUUUCUUCCAAGUUUGUAGCUUGGUUUUGAGGCAGAGGAUCUUCUCACCCUGCAACUUAAGACCCUUUACCUGGAGCUGCUGCAGAUGGUUUGAGCAAAGCAUCUUUCUCCUGUGAUGCUUACCUGGGUGCUGUAGGUAAAAUAAGGUAACCCCAUGCUGUGUGCCUUGAUAGAGGAGUUAGGUGUUCCCUGGCUAAGGCUGUGAACAUCAGUGGUGUGCCUUGAGUGCCUGCAGGUGGACUCCCAUGGGUGGGGCUAAAGAGGGAAUGGGUGCAAUCAUUUGGCAUUCUCCAUUGACUUCAGUGGGAGAGUUUAACUUAAUGUCACUUAUUUGGGGCAUUGGGGGCAGGAGUGACUUGAGCAAGCAUAGUAUACUGACAUAAACUUUCAUGUUAACUUAGAAAUAAAUCUUGUUGAAUUCAGGUAGGGUUAUGAUUGCAACCUAAGACCCUUGUGCCAUGCCCCAAACUCUGCCUAUCAUUAUCAUCAUUAUUAUUACGCAUUUUAUGACAAUGUAAACCCACUGUGUCCAACACCUUUGUGUUCCACUGCUGCAUAGGAUUUAGCAUUGAACUCACCCAACAGAUUUAUCACCCAUUUUUUACAGAGCAGCUUGCGAUCUAAGUAAAAUAAAUUAUCACUAAAAUGACACCAAUAACAAUAAAAUACUAGCACGGAUUAAACACGGGGGCAUGUCAGAACAAGAGUUGGCACUGAGUCGGGGUGAGAGGCUUGCCCCAAAAGCCUUGACAGCUUUGCUAAAAAGCACUUUCAUCCUCAUUGAGUGGGUGUGACUUGGAGAACAGGACCACACAAGUUCAGUUGUAUAUGGUCUCUCUCAAACAAGUCACUUAAAAAAACAAAAACAACUUUGUAAAAUUCUUGCUAUUUUAAUUUUCAGUUGAAAAAUCUGGAUCCGUUUCUGCUGCUUGAUGAGUUCAAAGGAGGUAAACCGGCUGGAUUUCCUGAUCACCCUCACCGAGGUUUUGAGACUGUAAGUUAUUAAGGCGUGCUUGCUUACGUCUGCCGGUUUUUACCGUUGCUAUAGUACAUAGUUUGGGAAUGGGCUACAGCUCAAGGGAUAGAGCCUCUGGUUUGCAUACAGAAGGUAGCAGGUUCAGUCCCCAAUGGCAUUUACUUCCGGGUUUCAGUCCCCAAGUGAGUUACUUCCGGGUUUUGCUGCAUGCGCAGAAGCUCAAAACGACGUCACGCGCAUGCGCGGAAGUGGCAAAUUGUGACCUGCAGUUGCGCGGAGAUGGGUUGUGUUCACUUCAGGAUGUGAAUGGGGCUCCGGAACGGAUCCUGUUUGCAUCCAGAGGUACCACUGUACUAAGCUAGCUGGACCAGCGAUCUGAUUCUGUAGAAGGCAGCUUGCUAUGUUCCUGAGGCCAGCUGACUUGGCCUCACAUGAGACUCAUUAAAGAGUUGUUUGUUUGGCUGGUUCUGUGAGAUCUCUUCCCCUGCGGGGAGGAGAGAGAGAAAACAGAAGAGCCUACAGAGGCUGCCCACUGUCUCUCAUUCCUAUAUUCCAGUUGAAGUGGCCUACAUUGCCCUCUCGGAAAGCCUGGGCUAUUCAAGAAGCACCUUGCUUUGAACGAACAGAGAUAUCAUCUUUACAAUGAACUAAUUCUCUUUCUUUUAUUAGCGGCACAGCAACUCAUAGCCCCAAACCGGAAAAGUCUGAUUAUCUCGCUAUGGACACAAAAGCUGUGGACAAGUCACAUUAAUGGAAAGGCUAGCUAAACACACGAAAGCUCCGUCUGGCAAGAAAUUUCAUAAAAAUGCUGCACCCUUUUAUGCCUUUUCUGUUGAGAACCCAGCGCUAUGGCCUCUCCCACAGAUGCGCAUGCAGUUAUGGCAGACUGUAUUCCUGUUUACCGUCUUUAUUAUUACAGUGGAAAAUCAGUAAAAUACAUUUAACGUCCUACAUUUCAAGCACAUGGUUCCCCCCAGAGACUCCUGGGAACUGUAGUUUACCCUUCACAGAACUACUAUUCCCAGAACCCUUUGCAAACAUUUGCCAGGAUUCUUUGCCAGGAUUCUUUGGGGGAGGGCAUGUGCUUUAAAUACAUGGUGUGUACCUAGUCCUUGUCUUUGCUGUCUUAUUCUAAAGUUUUAAUGGAUGCUUCCUGUUGCAAAUGUUAUUAUGUACAGCGCUUAGUGAGGUUUCCCUGAAUAAAAGGUAAAGGGACCCCUGACCAUUAGGUCCAGUCGUGGCCGACUCUGGGGUUGCGGCGCUCAUCUCGCUUUAUUGGCCGAGGGAGCCGGCGUACAGCUUCCGGGUCAUGUGGCCAGCAUGACGAAGCCACUUCUGGCAAACCAGAGCAGCGCACGGAAACGUUUACCUUCCCACUGGAGCACCUUAAAGGCUUAGCAGUUUCACUAUGGCCAGACUGUGUGAUCUGGAGUCUGAAAAAGGCUAUGCUACAAAAAGACAUCUUUAAGGUCAUGCCAGACUCUUCUUAAUGCUUUUGCUGUGACAGAUUGUGGAACAUUUCUUACAUCCCGCCAGCAGGCGGCACUGCUCAGUAGCAGUAGAGGUAAGGAUGAGUUUGUGCAGGGCAAAAUGACUUCUUGGUGAACACGAGACUUGCAGGGAAAAUCUCUUUAAAGAUCACCUGCUUUUUAAGCGAAUGAUGCAUUAUCAAAUCCAGUGGGUAAUAGGGAGUACCUUUAUAGGUACACAAAAGUAAAAAAAAUGAAAACUGCCCAGGAAUUUAUUGGGAUUUCACCAGUGUGACUGUGUAGGAAUACAGUCCAAGUAAAUAUUUGUGGGAAAAUCACACCUAUUUUUCUAGUUCAUUCUUUCACUAGCAGCGUGAUUUGUCCCUUAAAGUACAUUCAUUUUAUUCGCUUUCAGUGCCCCUCAUCUAUGCCUCCCCCCUUCCCAGUGUUGCUUUUAGUUUGUACAAUAAGUAUGCAGGAUAUCAUUCUACCAUAUCUAGUUUAAAUUAAAAACAGAAUGUCUCUGUCUUUGGGGUACCACGAGAUACCAUGGGGAUCAAUACAGUACAGUGUAGUGCCAUUGAUUUCAGUGGGAAAACAUUAACAAUCUGUCUAACUCUUCUGUUUAAAUCAAUAAGAUUCUAAAAUGUUAACUGGCUGAAUUAUACCCAAUAUUUAUUUGCUCUGUGGGUUUGUUGUUGUUGUUUUUGCUUGCUUGCUUGUUUUAAGCUGUAUUUUUAUUGGAAAUGUUAUUGUAAGUCUCAUAAGGCUUUGGAAAGAAACAAUGUCAUUUAGAUUACAGUUCACUGGGCUUCAGACUACAAACUCCUUUGGAACAAAUGCCUUCAUGAUUGUCAGAUGAGACUAUAAAGCCUGCUGUGAGCUUGGGCUUCCCUGAUGCUUUAAAUCUUCUCUUUCUCAGGUAACAUACUUACUGGCAGGCGGCUCCAUGGCCCAUGAAGACUUCUGUGGCCACGCAGGUAGACUGAAUCCAGGAGAUCUGCAGGUAAGCUGAAGUGAUGAGAACGGAGGUUGCCCUGUCUUGCCCUUUCACUUUGAAAUUGGUUUUGAAGACUGGAAGUUUUGCAAUGUAUUUUCCCCCCUCUGUCAUCUUCCUAGUACACUGAUUUCUGUAAUGAGGAGCCUGUGACAUCUCCGCCCAUCCAGAUUUUGUUGGCACUCGGAUUGCCAGCAGCCCCCCAUGGCCAAUGGGUCAGGGAUGAUGGGAGUUUGUGGUACAACAACAUCUGGAGUGUCACAGUGUCCUCCCUCCUGGGGCAAACCAUUGGACUUCAGGAUUCCCUGCAUCCCAGUUUGAGAUGGGUUACAGUGGUGGUACCACCACUCUGUUAAGUUUGUUUAAAAGAGAUGAGAUUGGGGAGCUAUUUAGGUAUCUGGGAGGAGAGGAGAGCUCCCCUGCCUUGAAUUGUUUGCAGAAGAGGGAGUUUUGUGAGAUGUGGUGUUUCCUACCCAGCCCAAACAUCCUCUUCUGUAUGAACUUUGCCAGAUAGGAGCUUUGCCUUCCUCUGGAUUUGGUCAUCCUAAACAGAAAAAGAAUUAAAGUGGCUUCAGUUUGGGAUUGAAGGUGGGACCUGGAUCUGAAAAGAGUGAAGACCGAUACUGUAGACAGGGGUAGUUAACCUGUGACAACCUCCCCCCCAUCAUCCUUGGUCAUUGGAGAAGUCUGGUUAGGGUUGGACAUCUGGGGGGGUCACAGGUUAGCUUAUUCCUGUUACAGAUUAUGUUAAAGCUUCCAAAUCCAAUUCAUUCUAAUACAACAUUUCUAAAGACCUUUAAUGCAACCCUACAUGUCUAUUUAGACCAGGGUUUCCCAAGCUUGACUCUCCAGCUGUUUUUGGACUACAAUUCCCACCAUCCCUCACCACUGGUCCUGCUAGCUAGGGAUGAUGGGAGUUGUAGUCCAAAAAAGAGCUGGAGACCCAAGCUUGGGAAACCUUGAUUUAGACAUACGCCCCAUGAAGUUCAAUGGGGCCUUACUCCCAGGUAAGCGUGCAUAGGAUUAUUGAAGCCCUAGGAUAUUUACAUUCUGGGUCAAUUCCCAUCAUACCACAAUCCGCCGUGAAACUUUUUGUUUCCUAAGUGCUUAAAACUCAUGGAUUAUUUUUAGCUAAUAGCAUAACAAAUUAUUAGACCUGUAUUUUUGCAUCUUGUUCCGCUUUGGCUAAAUAAUGCAAGGUGGAGUUGCCAGCUUUGAUUAAAACACUGGAUUGUGUGUGCAGUUUGGGGGGACGGGACUAGGAAUUGAGUUGAUGCUUCACUUCAGCUUCUGCAAAGCAAAAUGUUUCAAUUCUCUCACCUUCUCCUUUACCUUUUGGUAUAUAGUGGAUGACAGCCGGCCGUGGCAUUCUCCAUGCAGAGAUGCCUUGCACCGAGGAGCCAGCCCACGGCCUGCAGCUUUGGGUCAACCUGAGAAGCUCUGAGAAAAUGAUUGAACCCCAAUACCAAGAACUCAAAAAGGAAGAAGUCCCCAAGCCUUCACAGAACGGUGUGAGUGUGUCCGUCAUUUCAGGAGAGGCGCUGGGCGUAAAGGUAAACACAUUUGCUGACAAACUAGCGAAAAGAGGGCUCUUUUUUUAAAAAAACUGAACAGUUCUGAUAGUUAUCUUAUGGCUUAAUUCAACCUGCAGCCUUUUAAAAAGUGAGUCCCUUGUCUUAACUAUACCUUCAGGAGGGGGGAGAGGAAGGCCACAGCAGGGCGAAUUGAGGGUGUUUGUGAGUGACUUUCCCUUCUCUGAUGAGCAGUAAGAUUACAGGGCAAGUUACUGUGUACUCCUUGUGUUUACGUAGUCCACAUGCUAUUGGGGAAGGAGUCCACACUGCUGUACUUCCUUGGAAAGCUAAUCUGUUGGCAAGGAAAAAGUGGAAUGGAAAGAGCCCUUAUAUACAAAAAGAUCUGCUUGCAAAGAAACUCUGUGACCUAUACGCUUAGAUUUGUUUGCAUGAAAGGCCUGCAGCCAGCUCAGUGGUGGAGGAAGCAGUGCUCUCCCUCCUCCUCCUCCUGAACAGAGCCGCUAGCUGGAAAGAAAGCCACAUUGCUCACGAUGGCGAUUUGAGGGCAAUUCCCACACGGUACUCCUUCAAUGGAGCCCUACUGCCACAAAGAGAUGUGUACAGUACAACCUUCCCCAACCACAUGACAUUUUGGACUACAAGGCCCAUCAGUCCUAGCCAGUAUGGCCAAUGGUUUGGGGUGAUGGGAGUUGGAGUCCAAUGACCUCAGGAGAGCACCAGGCUGGGGGUGACUAUCCAGGACUUAUGCUAGAUAAUAAUAAUAAUAAAUUUAUUAUUUAUACCCUGCCCAUCUGGCUGGGUUUCCCCAGCCACUCUGGGUGGCUUCCAACAGAAUAUUCAAAACAUGAUAAAACAUCAAAACAUUUAAAACUUUCCUAAACAGGACUGCCUUAGAGGUCUUCUAAAAGUCAGGUAGUUGUUUAUUUCCUUGACAUCUGAUGGGAGGGCGUUCCAUAGGGCGGGCACCACUACUGAGAAGGCCCACUGCCUGGUUCCCUGUUACCUCACUUCUCGGAGUGAGGGAACCCCUAGAAGGCCCUCGGAGCUGGACCACAGUGUCUGCAGAACAAUGGGGGUGGAGACUACAGGCACCGUCAGUGUCUUUAGCAAAUGUUUUUGGGCUGUAUGUUUCCCCUCAACCUGUCAUAUGCUUAAAAUUCCAAUUCACUGAAGUUACAUGUUUCAGCUAGUUAAUUAUGUAACCCCUCAAGGUCAGACAAGUGCAAAACAAGCAGGCCAGUCGUGCUACAUCUGCCAUUUGUAGGGAUCUAAACAACUGAGUCUUUAGUUUUAAUUGAUAUAAUUGUAUGGGAUAUCAUCCCUUUUGCUUACCUUUCUGGAAACUGUUUUUACUGUCAGUGAGAUGCUGUGAGAUGGAUGAAUUAUUAGUAAUAGCAUCUCACUUUCAGGAAGCAGUUGUUUAAAUCUGCCUGUAUAGUCAAGCCGUGGUUUGUUCUUACGGCAAGGGAGAAAAGGAGCUGGGGCCUUGUCGGAGGAGGUUGAGUCUCAAGGGUCGUAAUCUUGGUAUUUCAAGCAAGCAUUUUAUUGGGUUUUUUGCCUUCUUUUUAACAAGCUGCCUUGCUGUGACCCAUCUAGAAGCACAUAAAAUAAGUGAGCGAGUCUCAUCCUAUAUACUGUCGAGGCAUGCCUUGGUGAUAUACUGGAAUGUGGCUCGCAAAGGAAGCCGGACGCCUUUGUUCUUGCAGUGAACCAACAGCCACUUCCAAUCAGGAAAGGUUACAGAGGGAAAACAAGCCGCACAGCUUGCUAAGCCAGUUCCAGCUGGCCCCACACAGAACACUUAAGCCCACCCCACACUUUCGGAGCUGACCCCUGACCCCUGGGCUCUGCCUCUACAUUCCACUUCUUUGUUUUAUUAACUGAGCCCUUGCCUGUGCAGAAGCAGAGUAGCAGAUGGGCCGUCUUGCCCAGGCAUUCCUCCAUAGCCCACUGUUAGCUUAGAGGCCGCUCAGCCUUAUUUCUCAUUUCAGUUGUGGCAUUUGGUGAGAAUUCUAGGAAGAACAUUGUCAAAGCAAGGCUAGAGUGGGAGAUUCAAUAUGGGGAAGGGCCAUCUGCUUUGCUCAAUGACCAGCACUUCAGGUUAGGGUUGCUAACUUCCCCUGCCUUGAAACCCUGGAGAACCACCAACCUAGAGUUAAUGGUCUGGCCCAGUAGACCCUAUGUAUCCUUAAAACAUUUCAUCAUGGAACUGGCAGUUCCCCCAUUGUGAGAAGUGAGGUUACAGGGAAGCAGGCAGAGGGCCUGCCCUGCAGAACACCAUCUCUUCAGAUGCCAAGGUUGUAACUAUACAACCUUUAGAAGACACCUGAAGGUAGACCCGUAUAGGGAAGUUUUUAAUGUUUUAUUAUGUGUUUGUAUAUGGCAACCCAGUCAGAUGGGCAGGGUACAAAUAAAAUAAUAAUGUAUAAUCUGGUUUCUCCUCCCACAAGGCAUCCUUUUUUAAUCAGCCACCCACUCCAGAGUCUGUAUAAUUUUUAUUUCCCAAUAAUUCAGCCUCACAUCUGAAGAGGUUGGCCAAGGUUGUCCCCAACAGUUAACAGCACAGCUUCUUAGGUGAUGCUCUAUUUCUGUGGCCGAAGCUGUGUAAAAUGCAACUGUCGGGCCAGAUUCCUCCUGGACCACAAUUUUCAAAGCCUAGUCUGGUACGUCUAGGAGGAGCAUAGCUGAUUUAUCAAUCUGAUAUUGCCUGGCAAGAUGAAGAAAAUACACACAUUCUGUGGUGCAUUAAAAUAAUUUAUGUAGACAUGCUAUACCAGAGAGACACAUUACUCAGUUUUUACAUUUAUUACCUGCACUGCAUUUUUCAUUGCUUAAACAAUUGCUGAAAGUUUUCCAGGUGGAAGAACUCGAAAAAGUUUCAUGAGGAAAUGAAAGCUUUGGCUAUUUGCAAACCUAAAGCACUGAAACAAUCUGCAUCCUAUUUGCAACCUACCAUUGGCAGUUUGACAGCUGGAUGGUGCCCUACUCCUGGGUGGAGGCAGUUGAUCAGAAGUUUGGUGCAAAGUUUCAGAUGCAGAGGGGUGGUGGAUGCCUACUUGGAUGAAAAUUUCUGCAGACUCAGCAUGCCCACCUAGGAUGUCAGCACUUGGCUUUAGAUGCUCAUGGGCAUGUCCAGCAGCAAUGAAUUCUGGGAAUAGCUACCGUAGCUGGGUGAACUGGGUGAGAAGCCAAUUAAAAUAGAGAGCCCCUGGGUGAGCACUUGACUGUGGCUCAGUUAAUCCUGAGUUGCCUGGAAACUAAUAUUCUACACUAUAGAAAAAAGUAUGUUUAAAGUUGGACUUUAGAAAAAACAAUCGCUCUAGCAAACUUCAUUUUACUAUACAGUGGUACCUCAGGUUACAAACACUUUGGGUUACAGACUGGAAGUAGUACCUUGGGUUAAGAACUUUACCUCAGGAUGAGAACAGAAAUUGCACACCGGCAGCAUGGUGGCAGCGGGAGGCCUCAUUAGCUUAACCUCAGGUUAAGAACAGUUUCAGGUUAAGAACGGACCUCCAGAACGAAUUAAGUUCGUAACCAGAGGUGCCACUGUAUUAGAUCAGUAUUUGUAAGUUCCUGGGGUAAAUAACACCCAUAAAGGAAAUACUUAAUCCACUUUGUGCAUAUUAAAUACUAUUUGUAGCAUUUUCCAUGUGUUUAAUGAGCCCAUACUGAAAGUAUUGUUGCCACAACAACUAAUUCAUUGUGCUCAAUUUUGGGAUCCAUCAGACUGAACACAAUCCAUGAGCCAUGUGGGGUUUGUUGUUAUUAGUUGUCCUUUAUAGUCUCAAACAGAUAAGCUAAAAAAGGUCUCAUCAAGCCACUGCUGAGCCACAAUUCUAGAUGAUGGGCUGUGUUUGGCUUGGUGGGUUAGCCAGUUGUGCAGGCAUGAUGUAAGUGCUUGGGAUAGGAUAUACCCAAAACUCUGCCAACACAGCGUUGACAGAUAGGAUUUGGCAUGGCAGAAAUAUUAUACUCUGAUGGCAGAUAAACUGGGGGCAUAAGGUAGGCAUCAUGGUCUAUCUUUACACAGUAGCUCUGACGGAGGAAUGAAAGAAUCUCUACUUCGCUUUCCACCUUUAACAGUGAUUUUAGAAGCUGCUUCCAUUGUGAAAGAUAGGCAGCUGCUGCUCGUUACUCCAGUUUCUAGUGCUUCACCAAUAGGAAUAUUUCACAUUGUCUCAUCAGUUCAGCCAAUUAACUUCAGAAGCUUCAUCACCGCAUUGCCACUGGCACAAACCCCCUUUGCACAAAUGUCAACACUGAAUAUAGCAGCAAAUAUGUUUACGAUCAUCAAGGGUCAUAUUUUGAGUUACUCGUUUUCAUUAUAAUACCUACUUAGACUUGUGUGGAAUUCUUUAGCUGUAAUUUUUGCAUUGCAGGGGGGCUGGACUAGAUGCGCCCUGGGGGGUCCCUUCUAUAAGUCUGUGAAUACAGACUGAGUAAUAUUAGUAAGCAUGGCUCAUUGCCCAGCUACUGCUACGCAACAAGUUCUAACCAUAGUCAUAUAUCCCGCAUUUUAAAAUGAAGAUAAUGCCUGCAGUUACAGUAAAUGUUGUUUGCAAACUCAAGGGAUGACUUCACAUUGCAUACUUUUCUGAAGCUUUUCCAAUUGCAUGUCUUUAAUUUUAUCACCUUCUAGCAUUCCUCCCAUUGUUUUUAUUAGCGAACGUGCUAUUCAUUACGAAGACAAAUCAAUGCCACAUGUAAGCUGUAUGGCCUAAUGAAAUCGUGACCAUACCAAGGGGAAGUUGCUGCCCUUUCUAGUGCAGGUAUAACAGACAGAAAAACCCACCACCUUCAGAUCGGUCAUAAAUUCUCUUUCUGCGUGUUGAAGAUGCUUUGUUGAACCAUUUUAAUGCUGGUGCCUUAUUACCGCGAAUAACUGGAAAAAAAUGUAGGCAAGAUGAGCCAAAGUGGGGUUUGCAUACCAAAGUAGUCAUAAAUUCUUUCAACAUGUGGCUUCAAAUCUUUCCAUAAGUACUUUGCAGUGCUGUUUUAAAAGGCAUUUUUUAUUUAAUGCCUCUUUUUGCCUUCCGGAAGGCACCCUUUUAAAAAUUCAACGUGAUGCAUUUCCACUUCUGAUUCAUUUCCUGACCCAAGAUUGCAAUUUGUACGUUGACUCCGGUACAAGUCACCGCUGCUUGAAAUUUCAUGUUUGAGGGGAACUGGUUUUCCUGUUUCUUAUUUUAAGAAUAUCCAUUCCUUUUUCUAACGAGAAGGCAACAUGGAUUUGGGUUGUAUGAACUGUUGUUUAGUAUAGGUUCACAGGGCAGGUUCAACAAGCAGGAGAGGUCUUGGGAGAUCUUGUAAAAUAAUUGGAAGCAAGCACCGUUGGAGAAUGCAGUUUGUGUUUCAUUACUUUACUUUUCACCUGAUGCCUUUAGGGCAUGUCUGUGCACGGAGUUAUAAAGGCCUUUUACCAAUUCUUAUAAUCAAAAUCCCUGGCAUCUGAGUGAUGGCAGUGUAGGAAAUUCAUUGGGAAAAUGUAACAAAGAGGAUUGCGAGAGGAUGUUCUUCCUCUCUCGUAAGCCCAGAAUUGGGGCAUCCAAUAAAGUUGAUAGUUGGGAGAUUCGGUGUAGAUAAGAGGAAGGACGUCACACAGCACAUACCUAAACUAUGCUGUCACAAGAUGUAACGAUGGCAGCCAGCUUGGACAACAUUAAAAGGAGAUUAGACAGAUUCAUGCGGAAUAAGGUUGUCGGUGGCUACUAGCCAAGAUAGCUGUAUUAGCUCCAGAAUUGGAGGUGGAAUGUCUCUGAAAUCCAGUUUCUGAGGACAACAAGCAGGAGAGGUCUUUUGCUCUCAUUUCCUUGUGGGCUUCCUGUAGGCAACAGGUUGACCAGUGGGAGAACUGGCUAGAAAGACCUUAAGUGUGCCCUAGCAGGGCUGAUCUUACAUUCUUGUCAUAUAAGAAAUGGCUGUUAGUAUCAGGCACACCAUAGUAGUAUGAAUUACAUGGAAAUUAUGAGUUGUAAAGAUGAGUUGUAGAGCAGAGAGAUUUCUAGAUUUUGUUUACAUUGUGUUAGAAUAUAUCUCAGUUCUCGUGUCUCAUUUAAAAAAUGCUGACCACAAUGUCUGAAGACCUCUUGCAUUAGUCCGUGAUUGCAAUUCAAGUCUUACCCGAAAGGGACACCUCCAGGGGUGAGAGGUUACUCUUUGCUAAAUUAAUCCCUAGUAUCCCUGCUGAGCCCCAUGGAGUCUGUGUGGGUUUGGAGGAUUAGGUUACUAAAACACUGGCAAAGACAGAGAAAGAAAUAGCUUUGUGCUCACUUUGCCUAUUAAAUUUGUUUAGAGGAAAUUCAUUUUCUCCAGACAUGCCCCAUAGGACUGACUUGCACACCCAAAAGUAUAAUAUUUCCACAUAAUAUUUUAAAAUGUUAAAAUUAAUUGCAUUGUUUAUUGGUUCUGCAGUUACAUUGGGGUUAGUAGCCAUUAGUUUAUUUAUCUUUCAUGAGUUUGACAAGUUUAAAACUGGAUUAGACAAACUAUUGACUAUCAUUGCAUUUUAUGGCAGCCAAUUCUAUAAUUUGGGUGAAAAAGUACUUCCUUUCGUAUAUUCCCCAAUUAAGUUGGUUGCUGUCUUCCAAUUCUAGUUUUCCAGCUCUUCAAUGUCGUUUUUGAGAUAGAGUGACCUGAACUUUAGGCCACAUUAAAAAUGCUGGCAAUUCUAUAUUCAAUCUCUUUCCUAAUAAUCCGUAGGAUGGCUUUUGCUUUUUUCAGAACUGUCACACUAAAUAUUCCUUCAUUUCCCCCUUCUCUGUUUAGAAGUCUCUCUUCAUUAAGCCACGAGCUUGACAGCAAAGCCAAUCUUUUAAAACUUAUCUGCAGGAGAACUAAAUGAAGUGCUCUCUAAAUCCUGCAGAUCUUUAUCAGAAAGAGAACAGUCAGGAGAAAAUGCCAUGUUUGUCAUAUGGACCAAGAGAAAUGUUCAUACCUGAACCUGUUCCAAUAGGAGUAAUAAGAUGGUACGAUAAAGUCUGCUGAAGUACAAACGUGUAUGGUGCAGAACUGCGCCCACCCAGCCUAAAAAUGGUUUAAUCAGUGCUACCUAUCCAUAUAAAGAAUCUUUCUCCGUUUUACGAUUCUUCAACAUUUCCUUGAGACUUCACAGUACUUGGCUUCUCAGCUUCUAGGUCAGUGAUGGAAAAUCUGUGGCCAUCCCAAUGUAGAGGACUCCAGUUCCCAUCAGUCCUGAUGGUUGCCCUUGUUGGCUGAGUCUGAUGGGAGUUGAAGUUCGGUCACAUCUGGAGGGCCACAGUUUCCCUAUCCCAGUUCUAGGUUAAAUGCAGGUAAGGUAGCCACUGAUGCUGAAAGACCUACAUUGUCUCCCAGUACAUUUCCGAGCACAAUUCAAAGUGUUGGUGCUGACCUUUAAAGCCCUAAACGGCCUCGGCCCAGUAUACCUGAAGGAGCGUCUCCACCACCAUAGUUCAGCCCGGACACUGAGGUCCAGCGUUGAGGGCCUUCUGGCGGUUCCCUCAGUGUGAGAUGUGAGGUUACAGAAAACCAGGCAGAGGGCCUUCUCAGUAGUGGCGGCCGCCUUGUGGAAUGCUCUCCCAUCCGAUGUUAAGGAAAUAAACAACUACCUGAUUUUUAGAAGACAUCUGAAGGCAGCCCUGUUUAGGGUAGUUUCUAAUGUUUGAUAUUUUACCGUGUUUUUAAUAUUUUGUUGGGAGCCGCCCAGAGUGGCUGGGGAAACCCAGCUAGAUGGGCAGAGUAUAAAUAAUAAAUUCUUCUUCUUCUUCUUCUUUAUUAUUACUAAAGAAGAGAGGCCUCCUGUUCUUUUCAUAGAAGUUUAGAAGAGGGAAUUUCAGCAAGCUUAGCUUGCAAUGGCAAGCUGAAAUUCUCUCUUCUACACAACUUUGAAAGUCACAGGCAGCCUGCACUAUUUCCAAUCUGCCCACCACAUAUGCAAGGGCUAUGCAUUUUGGGAUUAAAACAUCUUGUUUCUGCAACCAUGUGGGGAAAAUAACACACGAGCAUUUGGAGGCCUUGCUCAUGCCAUUUUUGUCUCCCCUGGAGACAAUUUUCUUUGAAGGCAACAGUCCGAAUAUGGUGUCUAUUUGAAUGGGAGGCUGUGAAUCUUGCUCAUACAUUUCACUUUUCUAUGCCACCUCCUUGGAUUCAGGGUGGGAGUGGGAAUUUUGAAUUUCAGAACUGAGGCCAGCAGGAGGUCUCCUUAUUGAUAGUUGAGUUAACAUUUCACCCCCCCCCCCAAAAAAAACCCCCUCUGCCUUCUUUCCAGUUCUUGAAUGUAAAUAUCCAUCGCUUUUUUGUUUUUACUUCCUUACCAUUUGUUUGUUGUUCUGACUCCAUGCAAUUUCUUUAGGGUUUGUGGCUAGCAUAAAAAGAGCCUCUCAAAUAUUCUUUUGAACAGUUGUGCUGAAGCAGAUUAUAAUUAUUUGAAGAGUGCAGCCUAAAAUAUAUAUAAAUAUGCACAAUCUACAGGCCCUUGCAUUAAAUUAACUCAGUGGCAGACAGUUAUUUCUGAGGAGACAUGUAUAGGAUUGCUACUAGAGGUAGUGUUUAGUCAUCAUGAAGUUACAACUGAUAGCCUUAUCCUCCAUUGAAAUGCACUGCUGGUGAACUCCCUCUUUGUUUUGAUGUGUUUUAUGCUGCCAGCCCAUUUUCCUCCUCCUGAGAUGUAAAUUUUCCUUGUUGCUGUUCAGUCUAAGGUGUAUACCCGCACUCCGACGCUGUAUCUGGAUUUCAAGUUAGACAAAGGAGCAAAACACACCCAGGCUGUUCCCAAAGGUAGGAAACAUUUCCUUCAUCUCGUCAAAAAUGGAAUUUGGAGCUGCUUCAAUGGUGAUGCUUCAAUCUCUUUAAUGGUGCCUUGUUCUUAAUGGAUGAGUUCUUAGCGUGGGCUUAACUUCCAUUCCCAUUUUUGGUUAUGUGCUUGGGCCUUUUUACAUGACAAAAUAUCUGAGGGUCUGUUCUGCGCAUAGCACCUUUUUUCCACAUGGAUUUCCAAGUCACGUCAGAGGUAUGGCCCAAUAGGUACAUAAAGGUAAAGGAACCCUUGACCAUUAGGUCCAGUCAUGGCCGACUCUGGGAUUGCAGUGCUCAUCUCGCUUUAUUGGCCAAGGGAGCUGGCAUACAGCUUCUGGGUCUUGUGGCCAGCAUGACUAAGCUGCUUCUGGCGAACCAGAGCAGCGCACGGAAACACCGUUUACCUUCCUGCCAGAGCGGUACCUAUUUAUCUACUUGCACUUUGACGUGCUUUCAAACUGCUAGGUUGGCAGGAGCAGGGACCAAGCAACGGGAGCUCACCCCGUCGUGGGGAUUCGAACCGCCAACCUUCUGAUCGGCAAGUCCUAGGCUCUGUGGUUUAACCCACAGCUCCACCCUCGUCUCAAUAGGUACAUAGUCACACUUGAAAGACUUAAUAGCUACAGUGCUGUAAUCUCACUGGUGCAGCAGGGCCUCUGGUCUCUCACCUCCCUCUGCACACUUUUAAAAUCUGCUUUUGAGCAUCCCUAACCCUCUGGAGCCAAUUUGGAGGUUGGGUGCAGGGACUGAAGAGGACAGGAGAGGAAUCUCUGUUGGGCACACAGACGUCUGUUGUGCUGGUGCAUAUGGCGUGUGGCUUCCCUCCAGGAAUAGCCAUAAGCCCUGUUCAGUCAUUUUUCCAUCACGUGGUCACCAUCUCAUGCUCUCCGUGGGAUGCAGCUGCUGGUCCCGCCCUCCCUGUCACAUUUCCAGCAGCCCCGUCCAUCCAACACAGAUUUCUGUGGGGUGAGGUCUGAAGCCAGCAGCCUGCUCUCCCUGUGCACUUUCUGAAUUGUGCUGGGAGCCUCCAGACAUAGAGUAGGCCCCCCAUUUCAGACCAUUUCCUCUAAUGUGUAGAGGGCCGCCGGGCCGCAUGACGGGGGUAGAAGCAGAGGAGGCAGGGCAACAAGCACAGCAACACCCUUUGCUUUGGGCAUCGUGAAUCAUUUAAGGAAAGGAGGACUAAGUGAAUAGGAUGAUAGUGAAAUAGGCAAAUGCUCUGGACCUGGGACUACGCACAUUGCCCGGUAAUGGCUUUACUUCCAUUCUUGUAGGAAAAAUACGUGUUCCACUGAUUUAGGGUCAAAGUGUUUGGUAUGUGGGAAAUCUGUGACCUGGUUUUAUUAAUGCAGCCGUUAGUACAUUCCAAUUCGAUUAGAGCAGUUGGAUAAUGGGAGAUUUUUUUUAUCUUCUCUCUCCAUUGUGCCAUUUUCCCAGUCUAAAUUAUACUCUCAAACUGUGGUUUGCCAAGUGAGGUAAAAAGUACAAUACCCUUUAGGGGCUGCUGAUUGGGGAAAUUGGGGUGAGGUGGGGAGAAUGAAAAACGCACAUUUCCAUUGCUCUAAUCAGAUUGGUAGCCUCUCGUGGCUGCAUUUCAUUUAAAGACAGAAUGGCAGACAAUCCAAUCCCAUGAACACGUAGUUCAGCCCCAGUUCUUGCAGAAACAGAUGGCUGUUGGCUAGUUACUGAGGCCAGUCAGUAAGAUUUUUAUGUAUUGUAAAUGCUCUGCCUCAGUUGCAAAGAAUCCGAGUUUGGAUCCAAAAAACUUAUGCACACACUUAUCUUGCUACAUAUGCUAUCCUGACUUUGGUAAGGCUCAUUUGAAUAAAGAGUGCCAAGGUAUUUUUUUUUUAUAUUGUUGUUAUUAAAUGAGCUGAGGAUCUGGAGUUGCAAAAUUCCUUGGCAUUUGCCACACAUGUUUGUCUGUUAGGUAAUGGGCAAAGAAUUAGCUGCAAAUUUGCUCCAUAAUAUUUUUCAGCCAUUUCUGUGAGAGACGGAUGUUUGUUUCUGCACAUUUGUGUUUCGUAUGUAAACAAAUUUAUGGAAACUCUGGCCUUUUAAAGCAGUAUACUAAUAACCACUGAACAGUUAAGGAGCUGACACAUAAAUAUAUCAAUAAAUACUCAUUUGCUAUCUUUUGAACUAUAUCCUGAGUUCAAGUAAAUCACUUUUAACACUUCUAAAAGGCUGCUGAAGAUUUAAGAAGGGCAGGAGAAUUACAGGCUUCUCUCUUAGGUAUUUAUAGAGCUGGCUUCUUUUGAAGAGGUAUAUGAUGAGCAUAAAGAGAUCACAAUCCCCUGCUACAGAAUAUCAGCAAACAAGGAACCAUUAGUUCCUGAGGGGAUUAGCAGAAGCUCUAGAGAACUAUAGAGAGCAGUGCCUUCCCCACUUCCUGCUUAAGAUGAUGUGUGUUGCCCUGAGGGAAGAUGGAUGAGGAGAAGCCAAGUCCAGGGAGCGCAUAACCAUCAUGGACCAUCAAUAGCCUGAGGCUAAGGCUAAAAGAUUCUACGCCAAGGUUUGUGAGCAGGAGUACUGGGUCUUAGAGGAGACCAUAUAGUGUGCAUUACAGACACCUGCUGGAAUGGAGAAGACCAAUGGGACAUGGUCUUCUGGAUGCAAACCGUUGUUAGAUCCAGGAAGCAUGUACUGAAGGUUGUGUCAUUCUGUAUUUCAGAGACAACAUAGUCCUUAAUGUGCUGGAAGAAGUCUGCCCUGCUAAGUUCCCACGUUCUCCCUUUACUCUUCUUCAGUGCAGUCACAAGGAGAGAUCAGAAGUUUCUGCUUCUGCUUUAGUUUUACCACAGUUUAGCUGAAACCAUCAACUGUGGUUAAUCUUAACUAUGAUUAGUGAAAACAAGCCAGCUUGGUGUUCUGUGGCUCCAGUGGGUCAUCUCAGAUCAGAUCAGCUGGUGUUUUCCGAUGCAAGCUAGAUUUCUAGCUGAAUUCAGCAGUCUUACUUAGGAAUCUGUGAUGGGCAAGUGGGGGCCUGCAACAAAACGUUAUGUGGGUUAAUGAUUGGUUUUAGUGCUGCAGACAACUCCACCUUCCUAGGCCUCCCACUCUGCCAUUCUUGUUGUGCCUCCAUUUUGCAUCCCUUUCCUGUCCCACACUCUUGUUUUGUUGUGUCAGUUACCAUGAAAUUCCCCUUUGUCUUCACAUCUGUUCCUCUCCCGUGUUCACUGAUUUGCUUCUUCACCUUCCUCCUCACUUUCAAGCCAUGUCUUGGUUUUUUCAUCGGCCUUCCUCUCUUCCCUUCUCUCUCCUGCUUCUUGCUUUCAGCUGCAUAAUCUUCUUGCUCAUAGUUUGUUCACUUUCUUCUGACCCAGUUUUUGCUUUCAUAAUUUUUCACCAUCAACUUCUAAUCUGCUGGGUCUGCUUCCCCUCAUCUUGUUAAUCUUUUUCCUUCCCUCUGAGCCAGUGUGGUGUAGUGAUUAAGAGCGGUGGACUCAUAAUCUGGUGAACUAGGUUCGAUUCCCUGCUCCUCCACAUGCAGCUGCUGGGUGACCUUGGGCUAGUCACACUUCUCUGAAGUCUCUCAGCCUCACUCACCUCACAGAGUGUUUCUUAUGGGGAAGGAAGGGAAAGGAGAUUGUUAGCUGCUUUGAGACUCCUUAGGAUAGUGAUAAAGCGGGAUAUCAAAUCCAAACUACUCCUCCUCCUCCUUCUCCUUCUCCUUCUCCUUCUUCUCCUCCUUGCCCCUCGCCCCAAACUCAUUGUCCUCCUAGCAGAUACAGCCAGGAGCCUGGGCAAUGGAAACUUAUCACGCAAGCCCUACUUCCAACAUAUUUUUUAUGGCAACAGACAUGGAUGAAUCAGGCAGACCCUGCACACAUAUGCAGUUGUGUUUCAGCCUUUGGAAGGGAGUUUGCCUCCUUUGUGUGUUAACAUGUUUUUGUUUUGUUUCUUGUACUUCUGCAAAUCCUGGUGUUCCCCUGAGUCUCUGGAUGCUUGUGUAGGAGGUUUUAGGCAUAUAAGUAUCACCACUUACCCCAAGAAGCAGAGAAAUAAAGAGGACUGGUUUGGAAUGGCUGCUGUACAAUCUAUCCAUGUCUCAAAAUCAGUUAUCAGCCCACUGUUUAACUUCUGAAGAAGUCUUAAGCAUAAUUAUAUAGCCGCAAAAUUUGACCUUUUAAGGCUACCUUCCAAUCUGUGUCUAUUUAUGGAGAAAAAUUGUGGUCCUUUAACUGGAGCUUAAUGUGUUGGGAUUUUCAUGUCGAAAUGAUGGGGCUUGCUGCUUGUUCUGGGAUAUGUGCCCAGAGAAUGAGAAGAUAUAACCUUGAAAGUAGAAUUGCUAUGGCUGAAAUCCAUGUGGUUAUUUCAGAGGUGCAUCUGCAUUUAAAAGAACACAUUUACUAACUGUUGCAGACUGAGCAGUAACGUUUUAAUGAAAAGAUAAGCGCCGUUUAUUUAUGUUAUGAAUUGUUUCCCAUGAGGCAUCCCAAAGCAAUUGACAAUAUAAUAAAACAUUUAUGAAGCAGGUAGAACAGUUGCAUAUGUAAAAACAAUUAAAAAACGAUUAUAUGUUUUAAAAAGCCAUUUAAAGCAGCAGUGCAUAGGUAAAAUCAAUUCAGACCCAAUAUAGGUGCCAACUGGGAUAAAGAGAACAGAGUUUUAAUCAGGUUACGUGGCAAUAUUUUUUUUCAUCCAUGUCAAAAUGCUAGGCAUUCAGCUUGGAAGAAACAGAGCUGGUGGUCAAAUUUAGCAAAUAAGGAUUUCAUCUAGCUGGCGUUCUGGUGGCUGCACCAUUGUGUACUUUUAAAGCAAACAAUUCCCUUCAAACCAAGUAGGAUUUCCAUCUGAGCAAAAAAUAUUUACAACUGGGCUAUGAAGCAGCAAACCACCAAACAAUGGACUGGCCCCACCAGUUAAAUGGCUUUCCCAAGAAACGGUCCAUUUUGUGUCUCCUUCCCACAGAACUGCAGCUGAAGGAUAAAUGGACAGUAGUAAAAGGCUAAGCAGCCUGUUGGAGAGGCCUUGGUGGGCUAGAGGUGACCUUCAGGUCUUAAAUUGCCUCCCAGUAUAGAAAGGUAAAAGCAUAUUGGGAAAUGAUUUAUAAUGAAUUGAGAAAAAAUGUUUAAAACUACUUUCCAAAAAACAACCAGAGUAAUUUUUGUUGGGGAUAGCCCAUACUGAAAUUCCCAGGUGUCAGAAAAGGUUAUUUAUGUAUGCAACAACUGCAGCCUGUGUUUUGUUAGCUGAAAAAUGGAAAGUGAGUAAGGCCCCAACUAAAGAGGAUUGGCAACUUAAGUUGACAGAAUAUGCACAACUUGCAGAUUUAACACAUAGAAUAAGAGAGCAAGAAGAACAUGCCUUUAAAGAAGACUGGAAAACAUUUAUUGAAUAUAUGGAAAGUAUUCAGCUGAAAUAUACAGCUGAAAACGCUGGCAGCAUUAAGAUAAAUUCAACAGAGUAAAUAAUUUUUGAUGGAUGUAAAAGUGGAAAACUGAUUUGAAUGGUUAUAGUAAAAUAUGCAGGGAUGUAUGAUAUGUAAAAUCAACCAUGGGAAGAGAAGAAGGGUAGACAUUGGAUAUUUUAAAGUUUGUAAAAUGUUUAUUUGAGAUUGUAAAAUAGAAAAUUUAAUUUAAAAAUAUUGUAAAAAAUAAGUUGCCUCCCAGUAAGCCUCUUAAAAUGGAAUAACUUAAUUAUUUAUCCUAUUGUUAAACAAAACAGUUAAUGAAUACAUUGGAAAGUCCAAUGUAUUUUGCUGUAGUGCAUGUCUCUCUACUUUGGGGAGGUGUGGGAGGUUGGUAAUAAUGUUGUUUCAUUAGUUAUGUUACAUCCGAAAAUAAGUAAAAUAUGGUUUGAAAAAUGGAACCUUUACACAUGGAUAGAGUCACAUUUAUACCUUGCAAAUUACAACUUUGCAUGGCCUAAUACAGGCCUCCAUAUGUUUAAACUUUCUAUGUAUCUGACAGUAUUUUGCCCUUUUACAUUUCAGGUUGGACAGCGUUUAUUUACACGCUCUUUGGUAAUGUAUAUGUUGGUAAGUUGCUUGUUGACUCCACCCUGUUUUGAUUACUGGAAACUGCUUCUGUUAUUGAGAACCAUUUUUUAUUUUCAAAAGCUAGUACGAUCUUUUUUUUAGGGGCGAAAUGGUAUUCAGACGGUUGUAAAUGUCAAACAGGCAGCAUUUGCUUGCUCUGUAAAAAUUGCAGCCUUUAAAGAUUAGCAGGUAGCUUCCUAUUGGUUUAUGACACUGGGUUGCUCUAUAAAGCCUACCAUGGUCUCUGCACAGUAUUUCCUAGAGAUUGCUGCUCUGCCUGUGAGCCCACCUAUCUAUAAACAAUAAAUCUGUGGUUGACCCUUGUUGAGGGUCCUCGUGGCGCAAAUGCCUUAGUUGUGGCAGGUUGGAGAAAGCUUUGUUUGUUGGGUAAUGAAGCGGUGAUCUGCAGAGGACCAUAGUGAUGCUAGAUACCCUUUCACAGAGUCGGAAGGGACCGUGAGGGUCAUCUAGUCCAACCCCCUGCAAUGCAGGGAUCUUUUACCCCAUGUGGGGCUUGAACUCACAACCCUGAGAUUAAGAGUCUCAUGCUCUGGCUGAGCUGUCUCAGCUGAAGCAUUUAUUUCAAAGUAGAAAACAGAUAUUGCAGGGAGAACUGUAAAAUGCCCCUUAUAGAACAAUCCUAUACUUGGAGGGAAGACCCAUCAAAUUCAGUGGGGCUUAAUCAGGUAAAUGGUUAUAGCAUUGCAUGCUUGGGCAUCGUAAGUCUUACCUUGCAGUGAAGUUAUUCUGUGAUCAGCUGUCUGCCUGGAAAUUUUUGUGAAAGGUUUAAUUAUUCAUAUAUGUUUUGGAAACUGUGUGAAUUAGCCAGUACCUAUUUGGAAAUGUUAGCACAAUCACCUCUUGAAAAGCCACCAUUUUCCAGGUCCUUCCGAUGCUCAACAAAAAAUAGAACCGCACCACACUGCUGUGCUGGACGAUGGAGACUGUAUUCAGUUUGAAAACAAGGUAUUCUGCAACUAAUCUGUCUGCCUCCAAAACAUCACUCCCACCCCCAGAAUGCUUUCAGUAGGUUUUUAACAAUAGUAGACUGGGUCAGAAUGAAUCCCAAAUAAACUGCCUUAGCAAGAACCCCCAAUUAAACUGUUAAAAGAAGUGCCGAACCUGUCUUCAUUGCCUUCCUAUACUAAAUGUUUAAGUGUCUUUUGCUUGGUUGUAAAUCUUGAGAAGCUCUUAUUCUGUAACAGCCCAUUGACUCUUGUGGAACUAGAGUAAGUGGACUGGAUUUCAUCGGCUUCAUUUAUUCUUACUCUUUGUAUUUUACUCCCCGCACCCUUCAAGCUGCUUAAACUGCAGUUUGCGGAGUGCUUUCAGGUGUUCUCUACAAUGGAAAUGAGGUGUAUUCUGGGAUACAUUCUGACUCAAGGUGGCCCUGAAUAGCAGUGUGUCUUCUAACAAAUGUCUUGAUGACGACUUCUAUAAUACAGAUCAAUUAUUUGCCCACCUCUCUCUUCAGAUAUUCAGUGCAGCUACACUGGAGCAUAGGAGGGGCUGAGUUUUUAUAUCUAAACUCUCCAGGUAGCCUCUCACAUGCUGGUUAUGAUAUAGCGGUCUUCAAAGAACAGCCAGACAAAGAAAUUGCCUGGCUGAUCCCUACAAAACAGGUUGAGAAUUGCUGAGCACAUAGUAACUGCCUGGCUUAUUCCUAGACUUAUCACUGUACAUGAAGCAGGGAGCUAGCUACACAAGGUUUGUGCCCCAGUGCUGGCCCAAUGGACUCUAUUGACCCCAUGACCAGUGAGCAAGGAACAGAGGCAGCAACAAUGUUGUAUAUUUGUAUGUACAAAAAGAGCUCCCCAGAUCCCCUAGAACUGAGGCUGAAUUUUCCUGGGCCCCUUCCUGGUAGGGACAGGGAAGGACUCUUGUCUGAAACCCUAGACAGCCACUGCAAAUCAUUGCACACGAGAGUGGCCCUCUAGAUGUUAUUGGCUUUGAAUUUCCACCAGCUUCAGCUAGCUUGGCUGAAGGGUUAAGGGAGUUUUAGUCCAGCAACAUCUGAAGAACCAAAGGUUUAGCCAGCACUGAUGUAACCAGUCCUGUGUUCUGACAAUAGAAGGUAGCUUCCUCUGUUUGCUCAAGUUGAAUCAAAAGCACCUCCUUCAAUCUGUUCAAGUUAUUACUGAUAUAGGAGAGUGCAGUUUCCAUUGGCCUCAUUCACAUGCUGUGGCAGACAUACAACUCAAAUGGCAGCGACCCGGCUCCUUCUUCUGCCAAAUUGCAAAGAGACGAAUCUCAAAGCAGUGAGCCAGGAACAAAUCAUUGUAUAAUUCAUGUUGGGGAGUAAGAUGGUUGGUUGGUUUGUUUGUUUUGCAUGCCCCUAGAAUCCAGCUUUUCUUUGUAUGCUUAACCAUCUCCGGGCUGGAAAAAUAGGUUAUAUUCUAGGUUGUUGGAAAGAGCAGUUUAUUUUGUGAGCAGAAUCAUAGGAAGUUAUAAUUUGCUUUCUAAAAAAUAUAUUGUCACUUCUGCUUUUGUGCUUUUCCUAAAAAAAAUUGAACCUGACAUGAUUCAAAAGUCUUGUUUAUUUUUCGAUAUGGGCUACACCCUUAUGUCUCAAGACAGUUUUGCAAUACUAAGACUACAAUAGGGUCUGUCGCAAUUCUUUUCUUACAUAAUAUCCAGCAAUUUAUCUUCAGUGCAGCCAGACCCUAUGAGCCUCUGCUGAAGAGACAAUGCAUCUUUGACAGGGUAGUUUACCUUAAAAGCUACAACAUGCCAUAACACAGGAGUGGGAUUCUUAAGAUGCCUCUUUUAACCUUAGGAGAACUGCCACAGCACAGUAAAAAGUUCUGACAGUUCCAGUGGGAGGCCCUACACACCAGAAGAGCCUGGGAAGCAUUUUCUGACCAUUGAAGUGGACUCUAGACAUAAUGUAUUUGUUACUCUUUCAGGUGCUGGAGAACUUAUUUUUGCUGUGACAAUUUCUGCUACCUCUCUGGAAACUUCAGCCCAGUUAUGCUGGGGGAUGCUCAAGAGUUGGGGUGGGGAAGUUCCCUUGUGGAAAAUCUUGGGUGGGGAAGCGUUGUCUAUUUGUUUUUGGCCUUUAGCUCUCACCAAGCAAAAUGCGCACAACUGCCCCCUUUGUUUACAUGUUUAAAUUCAUCAUAUAUUUAAUAACAACUUGCAUGUGGUCCAUAAUAUUGUAUUUAGAUAGGAUCCAAAUCCCACUUUAGGCACAGCGCCCUUUCCAGAUGACCUGCUUAUUUGGGUUUCACGCUGACUUGCUUGCAGAAAACUUACCAAGAGGUUAGAUUGUACCUGGUCUUUAUUGAGCAUUGAUUCUGGUUUUUUGUGGAGCAGUUAUACUGCAUCCACCCCGAUUUGCUUGGUGUUUAUUCGCCUUCCCACUAACCAUUUGUUCAGCCCACAUGGAGAGGCCAUGGGUCAUCACUUGGGACAAGCACUGGCUCAUUCUUCUCCCUGAGCUUGGCAGCGGUGGGGAAAGCAGCAAAAUUCCAGGAUCAAAUCAGAAACCUGGAAGGCUUUCAUAAUUCUGGGACUGUCCCUGGAAAGUCGGGACACUUGGAGGAUAUGCUGAGGCCCCACACUUGUGAUCUACUGUAUUGUAAUUUGCUCCUGCUUUGGGUAUCUAAUCUCAAACUCUCAAAAUGUAAUUUAUAUGCUGCUGAUGGAUGCUUUCUGCUCAUCCUUUUAGGAUCCUGAAAUGAGCCAUUUUGUCUUGGUGGCUGGGGAGCCCAUUAAGGAACCAGUAGUGCAACAUGGUAAAUAUCUGUUUAACAAGUCGUCUUCUUUUUAAACAAAUGGGGCAUGCAGAACGUAUUUUCAUCUUCAACCUCAGGUUUUAUUCUGGAAUAUCUCCCCCUGCCCUUCUGUUGAAAAAUCCACAUCAGUGACUUGCUGCUUUGGUCUUCCACUGGUAUUUAUAGGGCUAUGCCCUGUUUGUAAAUCACUGUAUUUUGAGAGGCCUUGCUUGGAAUCUUUUGUUACAGUUGUGUUUCGCUCUUGGAAAAACAGGCUGGGGUUUGAGCAGUCAGAUUAUUUCCCCGGUCGAAGGAUGUAUCGUGUUACAGUGUGCAUUAAGAGAUUUGUAAAUAAAUUUUUGAAAAGAAGUGUAUAAACGUUGGAAAGCAAAGUAAGUAAAUAAAUGUUACCGGCCUCCUUGCAAAGGGACUCAAAGCUGCCAGGCCUUGCUGUUGUUGCUAGUUAUAUCUUACCAUCAUCGCACAAAGCUACUGGCAAGCAAAAUGUGAGAAGGGGAGGAUGGGUUUGGUGGAGAAGAACUGAGACUGUUACUCCCAUGGAAUUUCAGUAACUUGCUUACCAUAGAGCCAUCUGCAUUGAUGCAGUGCUGUACAAGGCACAUAAAUGCAUGGGUGGGGAUGGCUAUGAACGACAAUGUGAAUAAUGUUGUGUAUACGUUAGUCGGGUUGAGUCCAUGCAUUCCUGCAAGUAAAUACAUGACGUAUGAGUGCAUGUGAUCUUGAUGCACAGACAUGUAAAGUGAUUGAGAACUUGCAUGUGCUGUGGCCUGAGGGGGGACCCUCUGCUUCACCUGAAUCUGCAGGCCUUUGUCUGCGAGUGUCUGUGGAAACAGUUCUAGAGAAGACUUGAAGGUUGGAAGCAAUGUGUCCCUCCCUCUGCCUUGCUCUGCCCUCUCCACCAGAUGCAAACCAUGGCAAACUCCUCCAUCAUUUACAGCAUGGCAGCUAACAGUCUGUGGUACAAGGGCCACAGUCACCCAUGGCCAGUCCAUCAGGGGCUGCGUACAAGCAGUGGGUGUGCUCACCCCACAGCCCUCCUCCUUAUCAACCAACCAGUCUGAUGACUUGCAUCCCAUCAGGGCGCUGUGCUCCACCCACAUGUCUACCUCAUUUCAUUUGCAGUGACCAAAAUAAGUGGGGUCAGGGGGCAGAAAAAAUUGCUUUGUUGGGGGCCUGAUGAGGCACCCAAAGUAUUGAUUAGCUGCCCCUUAUUUAUAGGGUCAGAUCUUCCCCUUCCACAGCCAGCAUGUGUGGAAUCCCCAAGAUUUCCCUUUAAUGUGAAGAAGGGAAAAGAAUAACAUUUCGUCAAAUGCUAUUGAGCAAUCCUUGCUCAAUUGCUCACUCAGCAAUCCUUUGCUCACUCAGGAUUGCUCGCUCAGCAAUCCUUUGAUUUGGUGCAACCUCUAUGCCAGCCUUCAACACAGCUGAGCCCUUGGGAAUGAAUCUGGGGACCAAAAAGGAGGAGGAGAAAGGAAAAUGAAUGAGAUGCAAAUUGAAUUCGUCUACAGAAAGCCUAAAGCCCGGAAUAUUUAAAUACUAUCCUGAAUUUUGCAAUCUAUAUCUUAGGUCCAUUUGUGAUGAAUACACAGGAAGAAAUUCAGCAAGCCUUUAAUGACUUCAGAAAUGCAAGAAAUGGAUUUGAGAGAGCCACCACUUGGAAAUCAAAGAUUGGAAACAAAUGACAUGGAGUAGCAGAACUCAGGCUGACUGGCUUUUUAAAAAUACAUUUGCAGCUGUACACCUUGAUCUUUACUGCAUUUACUGAUUCCAUUUGCUUCGUUAGUACUGAUCAUGUGGGUUUGCCAGAUUGAGCCCAAAUAAUAUUUCUAGUAUGCCUAGAGCCAAAGUUAGCUAUUAGAGUGUCGUAGACGGGUACAGCUGCAUUUUUAUUACUCUGAGAUAUACAUGAUAUAUAAACGUUCUGUUUAUCUGUAAUAAAAAAUGUUUUCAUCU